GUGUUAAUAUAUAUACUAGAGGAUGACAAGAAGACUGAAUAUCUGCUGGUGGCUUGAACUCUUCUUAGAAGCUCCUGCUGCCUUCCACAGAGAGCAAGAACUGAGCAGACAGCAGUCCUCAGUCCUAGGUCCUGGAGGCUCAUACUAACUGCUGAGAGUCUCCUCAGACAGAAACCUGCACUGCACAAUGGACUUUGCAGCCUCCCUCUUCGAGCUCCAAGCAGAGGCCAGCUGCCCCCUCUGCCUGGAUUACCUGAGAGACCCAGUGACCACUGAGUGUGGACAUAGCUUCUGUCACUCCUGCAUCCAGCAGCGCUGGGAAGAUCUCCAGGACAUCUUUCCCUGUCCUGUCUGCCUCCACCAUUGCCCUGACAGGAACAUCAAGAAGAACACUCAACUAUGCCACAUAACUGAUAUUGUUAAGCAGAUUCCCCCCACAGGGAGGGAGAGGGAACUGCAGGAAGAAAAGCCCCUGUGUGUGAAGCAUCAUGAGGUUCUGACCCUGUUCUGUGAGGAGGACCUGGAGCUGUUGUGUCCCCAGUGCAGUGCCUCAUCAGACUAUGAGGAUCAGCCCCUGAUACCCAUUGAGGAAGCUGCAGCUAGUUACAGGAGGAAGCUCCAAAGGUAUGUUGUGCACCUGAGUGUGGAGAUUGAAGAUGCAGAAGUGGGAUAUGAAUAUCAAACUGCAAAAACUUUACAGGUGAUGAGGAAGAUGGAAUAUUGGAAGAGGGAGUUACACUAUGAAUAUAAAGAACUUAAGUGUUCCUUGGAAUUAGAGCAAGAGCAAAUUAAUUCCAUCUACUUAUGGAAGAGAAGGAUGUUGAAGAAAAACUGAGAAUAGAAGACAAAUCUCAAACCAUAUGUUCAUGUUAAAUAAUAUGUUAAGUGAAAUGGCAGAGAAGUGUUUCCUGACAGACCUGGAUUUACUCACAGAUAUUAAAAGUAUCCAUAAGAGGUAUGAACACUUAGAGACCCCAGCAGUCUUUCCAUAUGAAUUAAAGAAGAAGAUUUGCAUCCUCCCUCCACAUUAUUUUGGCCUGCAUAAAAUGAUCAGCGCAUUUCAGGUAGAUUUGAUCCUGGAUCCUGAAACUGUCCGUCCAAGUCUCUUAAUCUCAAGAGAUAGAAAAAGUAUGACUUAUAAGGCACCAAGUGGUCUUCAUGAUCCCCAGGUACAUACUUCUUACCCAGCGGUCCUCAGUUCUGAGGCAUUUGAUGCUGGCAGGCAUUUUUGGCAGGUAGACAUAGGAGGCACACAUAAGUACUUCUUAGGUGUGUGUAAAGAAUA